AUGAACCACACGCGCAAAGACUCUCAAGGUGGCGAUGUCGUCGCCGACAUCCACUACUUCGCAGCCACCGGCACCCCAAUCACGACUGAAAUGUGGAAGAUGCCCAUCUUAGGAGAACCCACCGAAUUCACAAGACGAAUGACCAUCCACGAUGCCCGAAGAUCCAACCAGCAAUUCCACCUCGACACAAACGGCUUCCAGUUCCUCACACUGCCCCCCACGAAACGAGUCACGGCCGACGACGACGAAGAAACUAUCAAACGUGAAUACUACCCUGAACUCGAGCAAAUCGUAAAAGACUUGUAUGAAACCACCAACGAAUCCUAUUCCAAUCAUCACGUAACAGGCGCAACAACCGCCCACGUCUUCAACCACGUCAUCCGCGCCCACAUCCACCCCCCCACCCAAUCCACCCCAGACUCCCAAGGCCGCUGGCCUCAAAUCCCCUCCAGCCACCCACACGUCGACUACGCAAGCGACCCCGCCUUCCUCGCCGGCACACAGCGCGAACUCAACCUCCCAGCCCCCAUCGCCGCCCUCUUCCACACCAGCCCGCGCUUCGCCCUACUCGGGCUCUGGCGGCCGCUCAAACAGGUGCGGCGGGAUCCGCUGGCCGUGUGCGAUGCCGCCACGGUGCCGGACGCGGAUUACCAGGUGCGGCUGCGCGAGUUCAAGAGGACGGGGGUGAAGUCGGGGAAUUAUGUGUUGAGUCAUGGAGAGGAGGGGGAGCGUCAUGAGUGGUGGUAUUUGUCGGGGAUGCGUGAGGAUGAGAUGGUGGUGUUUAAGGGGUUCGAUACGUGGCAGGAUUUGCCGGGGUGGAGGUGUCCGCAUACGGCGUUUAGGCUGGAGGGGAGUGAGGGGGAGGAACCGAGGGAGAGUAUUGAGGCGCGUGUGGUGUGUUUUUGGGACUGA